GAUGUUAAUAACUUACCAGGUCAUCCCCUGCAUUUGAUGCAUCAGUAUGAUUGCUCAGCUUGUUGAUAGAACAACACAAUCACAAGAGGCAUAAAGAGUCCAUUACUGUGGAAACAAUUCUAAUCACAGUCAUGCCAGGAGAUAAACAAGAAAAGGAAGUUCAAAGGAAAUAUAGUAAUGAAAGGUUUUACGUGGAUUCUAGUGAAGGUUUUCGUUCCAAGUGUAAAAGUGCAGCUAAUCUACUGCAAAAGAGAAGACAACUUCAUCCUUUAUUGGGCCCUGGAGUAGGUAACCCCUAUCGUUCAGCUAGUAAUUGUGGAGCCAGGUUUAUUUCUAUAAGUUCUCCAACCAAAACCAACAUGAAUGGGUAUUCGCAAAAGAUCUUGUCUGCCAAGCUGUUACGAAUCAAACAGUUACAGAAUGAACUGACAGAUGCACAGUUUCAACUUAAUGAACUGGCCACAGAAAACAGAUUGCUGAAGACACUACAGAAAAGACAGGCCCUUGCUCUCAGCAAAUAUGAAGGCGCAAAAGCAGUGCUGCCCCAACUUAUUCGUUCACAUAAUGAAGAAGUUCGUGUUCUAAGAGCUAACAUAAAACAUCUAAAAUCACAAGGUUGUGAAAAGGAUCACCGCAUAAAAGAACUAGAUGCACACCUUCAAAAUUUGAGAGACCGACACCAUGAUUUGUUAAAGCUUUCAAGAGAACGGCACUUAGGUGAUAGAGAACAACUUACUAAGCAGGUAGAAGAGUUGCAGGAAAUCAUCAGGGAUCAAGAUACCAGGAUUCAGACACUUAAUCGUAAAGUAAUGCUUGAGACAAAGAAUUUCAAGUAUGAGUUAAGUACUGAAAUGGCACGACACAAGAAAACUAAAAGAGAUUUGACUGAAGCUUUAGACAAAAUAUCAAAGCUUGAAAUAUUGGUCAAAACAAAAGAAAAAUAUAUUGCAACUUUUGAGCCUAAGCGAAACUUCCGAAAAAACAACAGACAGUCACUGUCACUAGUGUCACUUGCUGGGCCAGCCAGGUAUUCUGACCGGUAUGUUUCAACAAAAUCUGAGACGGAAUUAAUUCCAAGGUUAGAAGAAGAGUCAAGUGAAGGAACAUGUAUGGCUUCCAAUACAUCAUAUGGUUCCACACACCCAAGUACAGACACAGUUCAGAUUAAUUAUGAAAACCAUAUGCCUUCCGAUGGAUACAAUGCCAGGCGUAUGAAAAUUGCAAAUAAGAGAAAAGUUAUGUUGGAUAAGAAAUUACAUGAAACAAUCAUAAACAAAACAGAAGACAUUAGCAGCAGUGGCCAUACUUCACCCACACCCUCAUCUAGUGUCAUUAAUGAAGACAGGAACACAGAUUUGUUGGAUGAUAAUGCAAGCAAACACCCUUACCGUUUUGAGAGAGUUUACGUAUCAAGAAAAUCUCCUCUGAAUGUUAAGUCUGAUAGAAAAUUAUCUCUUCAAGAUGAAACAAAAUCGAUUGGAAAUGUCAGUGUUGAUGAUCACAAGACAAAUAAAAGUGAAGAUCUUUUGAAGAGUCAGAAUGAAGAGUUACUGGAAAAGGAUAACGAGCCUUCAGAUACUUACACCAAAACUGGCAGGAGUGGAUCAUUUCAGGAAAAUAAAAGGAAGGAUGUAUUUACAGAUCUGACAGCCAAUAUAAUAAAAGAAACUGGGGCUGGGAAUGAUUCACUUUUAAGUGUUGAAUUGAAAUCUAUUGAAAAUGAAUACAAAGAAGCAAGGAAAGGAUCAUUAACGAUGGAAAAUCAAAAUUACAUUAAAGAAAAGUCCCUGCCUGCAAUAACAAACAGAAGUUCAAGUAGAAGAGAAUCUUUAGUAAGGGAAAAGAGGAAUUCAAUUGGGGAAGACUCCCUGCCUGCAGUAAAUAAAUGUUCAAGCAGAAAGGGAUCCAUAGAAAGAGAAUUGAUAAAUUCUGUAGGAGACAAAACCAUACCUGCAAUAAGAGAUAAAAGUGGAUGUCGAAGAGCAUCCUUGAACAAUAAAUUAGAGUUAGCUAGGGACAAUGUGACACACAUAGCAUCAGAUGAAGCAGACAAAGCAUUUGUAGCAUCGGAUGCAGAUGAAACUAAAAUUGGUGCACCUGGUGAAAUUUCACAAACUUGGAACAAAAUUCAAAAUACAGUUUUGAUCGAAAAAGAAAUAACAGAAGAAAAAUUGAAACAGUUUGCGAAUAAUGCAGAUUCAAGAUCUCUAGAGACCAAAAGCUAUGAUAAAAAGAAACUACUGGCUGCUUUGAGAGCUAUUGAUGAUGAAGCCGAUGCUUCCAUAAUCAAUCAAGGAGGAAAAAAUUCCUCAAUUGUAGAGAGUCUACUUACUACUUCUGUGUCAGAUUCAGAUUCAUCAUUAAACAUUCCUUUACCUUAUCUAGGGGAAAUGAGAAUUAUGGAUCAACAGUGACAUGAGAAAGUAAUUUCUUAAGGA